GGGUGAUGUGUUGUGCGAGUUCAUAUACAAUAAAAUAUUGUGUUUUAUAGUUUCUAAGUGCUCAAAAGGAUUAAUAAUAUUUGAAAUAAUAUUAUUUUGUUCACAGCUUACUUGGAUUGAAUGCAAGGAUUUACAUAACGCACAACAUUACCAAGACAAAUCAAAUCAAUUAAAAACCUCUCAAUCAAUCAAAAAAAAAUUUUAACUCCUAUAUUUGAUUGUGCAAGUGUUUGUGCAAUAGUUUACAGUUUAGUGAUGCUUAAAACAAGUUUUGAAAAAUUAGCUCACUGAGUUGUGUAGUGAUAGACUGAGUUUGUGUUUAUAUCAUUUAAUCUGCAAAUCUGCUGAAAAAUAAAGGGAAUAAGUAUAUUUUAGUUCAGAAUCUGAAGAUAACAAGAAGUGAAGGAGUGAAGAAAUUCAGUUGUUUUAGAAGGAAUAUUACAUUAGUAAAAAGUCUUUUAUUACAACGGAGAAAAAACAAUCGCGUCUAUUUGGGAAUGCGUCCUCGAUUGCCAUGAGAGACGCUGCCGAGGCAUUAACCCGUUGUCUCCUGACCUCUUCGUUAAUGCAUCCUGCGCGUUGCCGACAGCCCGUGUCAUCAAGAUCGGAAGACGGAGUCAGAAUAUGCGAUGAUUCGGACCUGACAUGCGCUCGAUGCUCCGGGGUCCUAGUCGAUGCUGUCACGGCUCAGUGUGGACACUCGUUUUGCCGCAGAUGCGUUGGCACCAAUACAUCAUCCCUACCUCUAAAAAACCAGCAAUGUCCCCGUUGUGGUAGCUUAUGUUCCGGUCUGGGCGACGACACAAAUGUCCUCGAACCGGACAUUCUAGUCCGCAGUCUGGUCGAACGAUUUUGGGGUCCAGAAAUCAGAGCAGCCAGCCUGGUUCCGGAAGUAGAACGUCAACUGGCCGCCGGAAACAAUGAACGAGCGCUCCGGCUGUGCGAUGAGGGAUUGCAGCAUGGUGAGUUGAAAUUUAAUUAUUUUAGUUUUUAUUACUUUUUCAUAUGAUUUUUGUCAAUUGCCCGUGUUGAUAAAAG